AUGUCAGCUAGACAGCAACAACAACCACAACAACAACAACAACAGCAGCAGCAGCAACAACAGCAUUCACCUGCUGGUCACCAGAAACUAUCCAAAGUCGGAAAAGACAGAAUAGUGACUAGCACUCCAAAAGGACGCAAGCAAGCGAAAAAUGCGACCGGCAGACCCAAUGAAAUCAGCGAUAGGUAUAUUCCCAAAAUCACUUCUGGAAUGGCCUUCAAAUCUGCACAAAGACUGAAAUCUUUGGACAUUUCGAUCGCUAGCUCUCCCGAAAGCAGUUGGACAAUGGAGUCGCCCUCACAAAUGGAUAUGUCUGCCUUUUUCCGCGAUCUUAGAUCCACAAUUCAUUACAACUCGAUUACUUCCAACUCAUCGACUGCUACUCCUGGCCCUCAGGGCGAAAAGCUCGAGACCCAGAGGGUUUCUUGCUGUGAAAAACAGUAUCGGCAACACGUAGCCGAUUCACUGGGACUGUAUUCCGAGCAUCGAGUAUACCAGUUUUUAGCCGCCGAGGCGCAAAGUGUUAACACUCCGAGAUCUGCGAAAGAGAGCACCAAAGCUUUCCGUGUUCCGAAUGACUUGAAAGUAGAUCCCUUUCUCACGGCACUGGCUCCCAACCAAGUUCUCUCUUACCUAGUGUCUCAAAGCUUUUCAAAAAGUCUUCACACCAGAAGUCUUGUGCCAACAGCUUCGAGGCCUAAAAAAAUACCGAAAUCUCACGUCCCAUACCGUGUGCUCGAUGCCCCGUCUCUUCGCAAUGACUUUUACUGUAACUUGGUUUCGUGGUCGAGGAAAACAGACAAUAUUGCCGUGGGUUUAGGGUGUGCGGUGUAUUUGUGGUCGAACGCGAGAGGAGCUGCAAAUGUACUACAUUACUCCUAUUUGCAGUCGAGAGAGGACUAUGUGACUUGUGUAUCCUUUUCGCCGUUUGAUCAGCACCUUGCCGUGGCCACAAAACAAGGUCGGAUAAUGAUCUUUGACCAAUUUGAUGAUGACGGGUCCGCUUUGGAAAGCGAAAAGCCUAAAUGGAUAGGGUCCGACAGCUCAAUUUGUGGGAUAUGCUGUGUUGAAUGGAUGCACAAAGACGGGAGCACUCUUUUGUUGUUGGGUCAAGAAAACGGCGCUGUGCACGUCGUUGAGCUUCACAUGGAAUGUGCCUCCCAUUCUACAAUGGCACAAACCGAUGACAACGCCGAUCAGUCGGAAUUGCACCAAGAUUUCGAUGCUUUCUCCAGCAUAGUCGAGGGUACUGUUCACGAUCCGGACUCAAUUGACGCUAAAAAACGGUCUGGGAUAGCACACGGCAAGAAUCCCGCGCUCAGGACCGUGACGAAAUUUAAAGCUCAAAACCAGCAAGUUUGCGGUCUCUCCACGAAUAAGAAUGCCACACAACUGGCGGUAGGUGGAAAUGACAAUUCAUGCACCAUUUGGGAUAUUUCCGAAUUUUCAUCUGCUAAGUUCCAGUUUCUACUUCCACACAAGGCAGCUGUGAAAGCGGUAGCUUUUUGUCCCUGGUCUCAAUCGCUUCUGGCUACCGGUGCAGGCAGUAAAGACCGGAAAAUCAGAUUUUGGCAUACCAAGUCCGGAACUUUGCUCAGUGAAACUAAGGCACCCGGUCAAAUCACUUCGUUGAUAUGGUCAUUGAGGCAAAAACAAAUCGUUGCUACUUUUGGAUUCGGUGACGCAGAAAAGCCAACACUGGUGUCAGUAUAUUCCUACCCGUCUAUGGAAUCCACCUUGCAAGUUCACUCAACGACCGCGCUUCGCGUCCUGAGUGCUGUUCCAUCUCCAGAAUUUGGAUCCAUAUGUGUUGCCACAAAUGACGAGACAGUUAGGUUCUACGAGCUAUGGAAUGUCAAAGAUUGCACUAUUUUCGAAUCUCAAGAUAAAGGCAUCUACGGAAGUGAUCUUAUUGAAUACGCCGAAGGUAUUCAACACAACCAUAAACUGUUAAGAUAA